CAGUUAUACCAGCGUCUAGAGACCGUCGGGAAAGGUGCUUACGGCUCCGUUCAUAAAGGGAAACACAUCCCAACAGGCAACGUUGUUGCUCUCAAAAUUAUCAAUCUCGACACACCCGACGACGAUGUUGGCGACAUCCAGCGUGAGGUUGCUUUGUUGACUCAGUUGCGCGAUGCGCCCAACAUUACCAAGUAUUUUGGUUGUUAUAUGGAUGGUCCUCGUGUCUGGAUAGUAAUGGAAUUUGCCCAGGGCGGAAGCGUCCUGUCUUUGAUGAAGGCUUCCAAGGACGGUUGCAUAGAGGAGAAGUACGUGUCAGUCAUCAUCCGAGAGGUUCUGGUUGGCUUGAGUUACCUCCACAAAGUGCCCGUUAUUCACCGAGACAUGAAAGCUGCCAACGUACUCGUUACCGCUACCGGAAAAGUGAUGAUAUGCGACUUUGGCGUCUCUGCACUUUUAACAACAACAUCAAGUAAACGGAACACUUUGACGGGGACACCCUAUUGGAUGGCUCCAGAGGUCGUCCAAAGUGUUCCUGCAUACGAUACAAAGGCUGAUAUCUGGAGUCUGGGAAUUAUGAUAUAUGAGAUGGUUAAAGGAUCUCCCCCUCAUUCCAAUCUCGAUAAAUUCCAAGUCAUGGACCUAAUCCCUAGGGCAAAACCUCCACGGCUUCUUGAGGGCGAAGGUGGGAAAGAUAUGCGGGAUUUUAUGGCGCUCUGUCUUAAAGAGUCACCU